AUGGGAGCCUUAGAAGUAUUUGCUUCUACUAUUGGCAAGUUUUCUGACAAUGAUGAUUUACGAGCAGUACAAAAUAUUGCACAGAUGAUUUUUGAAGGAGGAGGAGCUGUAGCAACAAUUGCCGGCUGUAACAGCAAACUGAUUAAUUGGGUAUUGGAAGCAAUCACAUGUACCAAAUGGGAUGCAAAAGUGUGUGCUGUGGGGUUUUUAAAUACUCUUUUGAUGUCUAGUAUGAAAAAUAGAUUCCAGUUAGGCCAAAUGGGCAUUGUGCCUGUUGUUGUAAAUGCUCUUUCAUCUCUUACAAGAAUUGAUUAUUUUUGUGGGUCUGCCAUUGCGGCACUUGAUAUAGUGAAAGGUUGUGCUUCUGACAAGUUUGUGAAUGAUGCUUUGGAAUUGGACAUUGCAAUAUUCCCUCCUUCCAUGGAUAUGAUUCAUGGGAGCACUAUGCAUUUUAAAGCAGAAAUUGAAGAACGUCUUAUAUCUCUAAUUGAAUCAUUAACUGGUGGCAUUGCCGAGACGGAAAAACAUAUAUUGUCAAAAAGGUUUGAGGAGAAUGAUGGUGAACGAAUCACUUGGCUUAUGGAGCACUUCAUACGAUAUUCCAAAAAAGUUGAUGCAGCGGCAAAUCAUCUCAAAAAGAAACAGCUGAACUCGUCUGAGCUCUACAAGGAAAAAUUGCAAUAUGGAUUCCCCACGCUUCAGUCCAUUGCUGUUAUUCUUGGUUAUCUUUGGUCGUCCGAGAUAAGUGCUAAGAUUGAAAGUGAAUUGUCCCAUCACCAGAUAGAGAAGAAAGUUGUGUGGGAUAUUCUCUCGGAAUAUCGUGACAACAUUGGCAGCGCGGGCGGAUCAGUAGAAAGUACAAAGACAGUGAUCGAGGAAUACAUUGCUUCUCUUGAGGUUGAAAAUCGUGACCAGAGGAUGAAAUCAUGUACUUGAAAAUCCUGACUAGGGGGUGGAGCUGGAUGCAAACAGCAAGGGGCGACGAAUUGGAGUGCAGUCCAGCAGCAUUUUAUGGCUUUGAAUUUGUUUAAUUAGAGUACGUUUUUAUGGCUUAGUGACCAUUAUUUCGAAGCAUGUUUGGAGACAAAUAUUGAGGCAUUGAUUUGGAACACAAAUUUCGUGACAACAUUUCUUGCUUGGAUUAGUAGCUGGUAAGAUUAAAAUACAAGCAAAGGAAUGUAGAGAAAGAGAAAAAGACGGUGUGACAGACAACUUCAUUUUUUUAGGGUGAUUUGAUUUCACGAUUUCUAGUGCUUGAGAGUCUGGAAUGGAUGGCCUAGUAAUAUAUUUUGGGCUAGAGAAUAGUGAGUUGGAUGGGAACGAUUCAAGAAAGAGUAAAAGAGUUAUGUUAUCAUGCACACCUGAUGCAGGGUUAUGGGAUUAACAUAAACUGAACAUAUGAUAACU